GGAGGCGGGGGACGCGCAUGGGUGGGCGCCGCUGAUGCCGCCGCCGCCGCGCCGCCCUCCGAGGCUGCGUCCCGGGAAGCCCGGACCUCCGCCCUCCCCGUCCCGGCCCGGCGCCCCGGACUGGAGCGCGCCCCCAUGGAGGCGCCUGGGCUGGCCAAGGCGGCCGCGACGGACCCCGAUCCUCAGGAGAGCCGUGGGGAGACCCCCGACGGGGCGCCCGCGCUCUGCCCCAGCCCCGAGGCGCCCUCGCCGGAGCCUCCAGCCUACCGCCUGCAGGACUUCGACACGCUGGCCACCGUGGGCACCGGGACGUUCGGACGGGUGCAGCUGGUCAAGGACAAGACGGCCAAGCAUUUCUUCGCCCUGAAGGUAAUGAGCAUCCCUGACGUCAUCCGGCUGAAGCAGGAACAGCAUGUGCACAACGAGAAGUCAGUGCUGAAGGAAGUCAGCCACCCGUUCCUGGUCAAGCUGUUCUGGACGUGCCACGACGAGCGCUUCCUGUACAUGCUGAUGGAGUUCGUGCCGGGCGGCGAGCUCUUCAGCUACCUGCGCAACCGGGGCCGCUUCUCCAGCAGCACGGGGCUCUUCUAUUCCGCGGAGAUCGUCUGCGCCAUUGAGUACCUGCACUCCAAGGAGAUUGUCUACAGGGACCUGAAGCCGGAGAACAUACUGCUGGACAGGGAGGGUCACAUCAAGCUCACGGACUUUGGCUUCGCCAAGAAGCUGGUCGACAAGACGUGGACCCUUUGUGGAACACCCGAGUACCUGGCUCCCGAAGUCAUCCAGAGCAAAGGCCACGGGAGAGCCGUGGACUGGUGGGCACUCGGCAUCCUGAUAUUUGAAAUGCACUCGGGGUUUCCUCCGUUUUUUGAUGACAACCCAUUUGGCAUUUAUCAAAAAAUCCUUGCGGGCAAGAUAGAUUUCCCCAGACAUUUGGAUUUCAGUGUAAAAGACCUCAUUAGGAAAUUGCUUGUUGUUGACAGAACCAGACGCCUUGGAAACAUGAAGAACGGAGCAGAUGACGUAAAGCGGCACCGGUGGUUCCGAACUGUGGAUUGGGAGGCGGUCCCACAAAGGAAACUGAAGCCCCCCAUCGUGCCGAAGUUGUGCGGCGAGGGCGAUACGUCCAACUUCGAAGCCUACCCGGAGAAUGACUGGAACGCGGCCCCUCCAGUGUCGCCGAAGGAUUUGGAAGUCUUCAAGAAUUUCUGAGGACGGCAAUCUUCAUCUGGAAGGGUGAUUUGAACCUGUUGGGGACAAGGAGCUGCACGUCGUCCCUGAAGAAGGGUCGUGUCCGCAGGACAAGGACAUCUCCGUAUUCUAUAAGUCCGGAUGUAUAUAGAGAGACUGGAUAUCCGUACAAAGUCAUGGACCUGGCAUUAUUUAAGCAACUGGAAAUUAAGCAUCAUUAAGCAACUGGAAAUCUACUGCACAGUAGGACCUUUCGGAUCAUUGUUGGGUUGUAGAUUUUAUCUUACUCUUAGUGUGGUGAAGCUACUGUUGGCAUCUUGGUUUUCCUCAUAGACUUAUCUUCAUAAGUUUGAACUGAACGUGUUUGGUUAUAACCACAGAUGGCGUGUGUGUGAGUGUGCGUGUGCGCGCAUGUGUAAAAACACCAUAUGACUGGUGCACAGGAAUUGUGCCAUGUUGUAAAUCUUCACACUUGGCAGAGCCCAUGACUUUUAUUUUCCAAAUUGCUCUUUCAAGAAUCUGGUUUUCUUGGGGACAAAAGCUAAAACGGAUAAGAUGUGUGCAUUUUUUAUCGUCUUAUGUGCAUUUUGUAGCUUGUGAAGAAAACACCAUGUGGUGGUCCACAUCCCGUCUUCAGUGCUUCGUGUCUGGUGACUCUAGGUCUUGAAACCGGAAAGUAAGAGAAGGACAGUUGAAUUUGAGUCUGAGAAUACCAAUAACGUUGUUCAAGGAAUGCAAUGCAGUCCAGAAAUUUCCUGCGUCGCAUCCAGAAAUUUCAUACUCCGUUGGGGGGGGGUGGGGGCAGGUGGCUACCUAUUAAAAUUCCGGUUGAGCUCUGUCUCCAACAAAACGCGGAGCUAACAAAUGACUUUCCAUGUUGGCUCAGUUGCACGGAUGACCUUCAUCCAAACAUGGGUUUUUUUUUUUUUUUUUUUUUCAGCUUCCAUUGUGGGAAAAGUAAGAUGCAAAUAAGCCACAGGAUGUCAGUGUUCAGUGUAGUAAAAAUUAACCUCUCUUGUUUCUGUCUUCAUAAAUGUUCAGCUUGGUUGUGUCCAGCACACUCUUGUCUCCUAGGUAGGGCGGGCUUGUGCAGACUUCUCGGUGGCUGAGAUUUUGUCUUUUCCUCUCCGGACCUGAUCGUGAAGAUAUCACGAAGAGCGUCCUGCAGAUGCUUUACCGUUGGGAUUGACUUACUGCAAGGCAGAUGUGGAGUGGGUUCCAGUGCGCAUGUUGCUAGAUGUGGGUCUUCUCAAAAAACGGGGCAUGCAGAAGGUGCUAGGGGUCCUUGCUCUCCAUGAUCCAUUGCCUUGUCUUGUGGUUCUCUUCCUCAUUCUGAAGUUUGCUGCAUGAAUCUCAAGGGGUAGCCCAUUCUCUGCUGACCGUGACUCAGCUGGACAAACAGAGUUGCUCACGUCUGUGAUGUGUCUGGUUGUAGGGCUCAACUGUGACCUUCUGCAGGGAUGUCUGUGCACUUCACGAGUGGGUGCCAGAGCCUUUGGUGACUGCAGAGGGACAUACACACAGACCUCCAGGACUCCUUCUGUACCCUUCCUUUCUUCCCAUGUUUGGCCUGAAAAAGUCCAGCUCCUUGGGCAGCAGGGAUGGGAGCACUGCUUGCCCUGGGAGGUGUUUCAGUGAAAUGGGUGCAGGGAAGAGGGAAACCUGGACACCCUCUCAAGGCUUCUCCAGCUCAUGUGUUCUUGAGUCACCUUGUGGCUUCUUGGCCAUCGUAGACAUUGUUUUUCAGUGCCAUGCCUGGGAAGACCUUUUCUUUCCAUGUAACCCUUCAUACCUCUCUUCUGUAAGCACAUCUGUGAAUGUGGAGAGCCGCCGUGUGGGGAAGUCAUAUAUUUCUUUAAGCAGCAAAAUGUCAAAGACCAUGCAGUCGCAUACCAGACUUGGCCAGAUUCCACUCAGGAAUCCGAAGCCUGGGGCUCAGCAUUAUGGAAGGUGGAAUGGAGAACAUGUGUACCCACCCAGGCAUUAAAAGACCCUGAAAUCGAAUCCACUCCAGAUUUCCCUCUUUCUCAUGCAUGACCUGCUCUUCCAAUACAAAUUCAAUGAGUAAGGUUAGAGUUACUACAAGAUUUAGUAAAAUAAACUCUUUAUAAUGAGUAACUCAAAGAAAAGACAUUUUUAAACGACGUGCCCUACGGAUGUUCCAACAGAGCGGUGUUUUCAGUCUGUACCAAGCAGUCCCUGUGCUGUUGGCAUUAAGUAGGGGCCAGCACGGGCUACAUGUUCAGCAUGAAGUUCCUUAACUGUUUCAUCAUUGACUGUUACAAGGCUAAAUCGGCAGUGUCUGUGCUCUGAUAUAUAAACCCACGAGGGAAAGCAAAGAUCUCACAUCCUCUGACUUAUAAAAGUAAAUUAUUACUAUUUUGGAGCCUUGUGCUUAAAAAAAUAAAAAUAAAUGAAACACCUUUCUUGAGCACGUUAAAGCAUUGUGUGUAGACACACUGACCCAUAUGCCUAUCUUCGGGUUUAGUUUUCACCGUCCCGGAUUUCAUAUAGGAUAUGAAAAUAGCCUCAAGAAAACAUGAAAUGCAAUGCCUUAAUUUUGGACAGAUAUGCGCGCGCACACACGCACACGCCAACAUUGGAAUGCACUGAUCACAUGGUUCUUUAAAAACAUUGUCAUCGGCCAUCAGCCAUGCAAAACAAAUUAAAAACUAAAAGGAAUUCCAAGAAUACCAGAUGGUGUUAACCUCAGUCUUGCCAUUUCAAUAUUCGGGGUGGCACACGCCAUGUGCUAACGGCCCGUGGCUGGACUGUUAAAUUAAGCGGAGUGAUGUAAUGCAAAGACUGAUUUAAUCAAAACGAGUCCCAGACCCAUGGGGACACUCCCUAUAUAUAAUUGAAAAAUAGUUUAUUCGGUGGGGACACUCUGAAAUCUUCAGGUAUCUGAUUAGAUAUCUGUGUCCAAAAGUCGUAUGAGAAGAAACAUCGUGGAAAUGUUCGCAAAAUUUGCAUCAGGAAAAAAAAAGAUAGACUCCUUUUGUUCUAUGCAAUUUCAGGACUUGGCAAUAUUUUCUUAAAUACAGAUGCCAAUUAAAGAAAAUCCUCAGGAAACGCAUGUUUUGCAAAUUAAAUACGUUGGGGUGGGUGGUGGUUUUCUAAGGGGAUUGUCACCAACCCGCUCGAACACGCAUCUGCAAAGCUAAGAAGGAAAUUAAAUCACAGCUGGCCAUACAGCGUGUCCUCCAUUUGCGUUGGCCAGCUUCCAGUUCUUGCAGAACACACGUUAGAACCCUGCUUGGCGUAAAUGUAUCUGUUGUGGCAAUGGGGCACAUCGCGAUUUCUGCGGUUGAUGAGACGAUACGUCAGAGCCCGGCAGCAAGAUCCGCGCGCCCAGCUCGACGUCCUCGUGAUGCUUUCACACUUCUCUUCCCAUCCCUGCCCACCCACCUGUCCUUGAGCAUCUGGUACAGUGUUCUGUUUUAUUCUGUACUCUCUGCCUAAAGACUUCCUUGCUACCAACGACAGAAUCACCAGUACCGCUAGACAGUCACGGGAUGUGGGAUGCGUUUGCCAUUUCUGUGUAUGACCUAAGCUGCCUCUAGAUUUUGGACCACUUUAACUGUGAAAACAUGGCUCCGUGCCAUCCACUAAAGACCCCAGUUUGCCCCCACUCUCUGGGCACCGAGGGCUGCCCACCUCCUGGGGAGCGCUCCAGGCUGCGUCAAAUCUCAUGACCACGUCAAAAUUCUCAUUCUAGCUACUUGGUUAUUGUAGUGCAGGAAAAAUUCUUGGUUGGAUUUUUUCCCCCCAACCAAUUGAUCGUACAUCCCAAAAUGAAUAGACUCAGAGAAGGCCCUGACGGCUCCCAUGGUGGAUAUUGAGAAUGUGAUGCCCGAGUUCUUUUUCUGGUGGUGCAUCCACCACGUUGGGCAAGUCCUGUGUACUUGUACCGUGUGUCUGUGUUUCUUACGGAGGCGAGAAGGCCUUCGCUGUACUUUGCCUUCAGGGGACGAUGUCCACUUACCAAAAAACAAGAAGACAAGCACAUGAACUGUUGUGUUAAUAACGUAUUUGGGUAGUUUGGUGUGUGUGUUGGUGGCGGUGGAGUGCGGGAGUGGUGUUUUCACCAAGCGUCGCGUAUUCCUAUCAAGUUUGCUUUGCAGACCCCGUGGGCUUCACAGUCUUUCGUAGUAAAAGGGAAACGCUCUGUCGUGCUUUCCUAUAAGUUAUUGUGUUGUCAUGCAUUCUGUUGGGCUUCCCUCAGCUCUUCCCUGGUCGACGCCUCUGUUAAUUUAAAGUAAAAGUCAUUACGUGUGUGUGUUAGUAGAUGGGAUUUUAAGCCUUUUGACACUCAGGGCGUCUUGUCCUCUGAGAUGGUCCUUCAGCUCUGCAGAACGGUCGUAGCUUCCUUCUUCCUUGCGCUGUGCUACGGGCAGCCUGGCGGGGUGGCCCCGGGACGGCCGUGGGAUGCCGCAGACACGAGACGGAGUGCCUUUGCAGGUGCGGUGCGCCCCGGCGAGCCCGCACUGGGAUCCCUGUGGGAUUGUCCCAGCUUCUCAUGUGGAAAAAAAAAAUAGUCUGUUGCUAAUUCUUUCAAUUCUUGCACAAUGAAAAUCACUGUGAUUUGUAUAUAUACCCUAGGAAAAUUUUACUGCUGCCUAAUUUAUGUAAAAAUACUAUUCAUUCCAGGUUUGUUUAAUAAAACUUUGUCUCUUUUAAGA